GAUGCUGAAAACCUUACAGAAGAGAAGAGAGAGUGGGGGAAGUGUUGAACAAAUAUCUGACAGAUUUUAAAGAGGGAUCACUAGGAGCUGGAGGAUGGCCAGAUUCUAUGACUGCCUAUAUGCUCUCCAAAGCUGCCAUGAAUGCCUAUACAAGGAUUUUGGCUAAUAAACACCCCAGUCUCUGCAUUAAUUGUGUUUGUCCUGGCUAUGUCAAAACUGAUAUAACCUAUAAUACAGGAGUCUUGACUGUUGACGAAGGUGCUCAAGGUCCGGUGAGAUUGGCAUUGCUGCCAAAUGGUGGCCCUUCGGGUCUCUUCUUCUCUCGAUUGGAAGAAUCAGAAUUCUGAUCAGAUUGUCGGAAAGUUAAUGUUUUUUCCUCUGUACUGCUUUAUGAUGAUCUUGGAAUCUCAAACAAGUAAAAGCAUAUAUGAUAAAAUAAAUAAAUAAAUAUCAUUUAAAUAU